GCAGGGGCCCCGGGGCCCGUCCCCCACCCCGCCACGCAGGGAUAUGGCACGAGCGGCCUCGCUUCGUUUCUGCCCCCUUCGGCCAAAGCACGAGAAGGAAAAUGGGGCAACAGCCUCUGUGGAAACGCGCACCCCCAAUCCCUCCACCCUACGGGAGGGACGAUGCAGACAGAGCCAGCUCCGGGGAGAGGGGAGGGACGCUCACAUAUACACUGAAUACCCCGCUCCCUGCGAGACCGCCCAAUCCCCCAGCAGCACCAGCGGAGAGACUGGAAGCCGCACGCCCUGCAAAAUCCGUCUCCUCUCCCCGGAGGUGGUGCAGAGCCGCAGUCGCGCCCCCAGGGAGCCCUUGAAACACUGCCCGGGAGGGAAGCGAAGCGGUCUCAAGAGAGAGUCCGACGUUCUGGGCAGAUCCCGCCGCGAGCACACGAGACUGACUGCACCGAGCACGCACUUUUCUGCAGGCGUUCACAAUUGUCCAUGGGGGAGGAGCAAGAGGGCGGGCCGCAGCUCCCUGGCCAAGCCCACAGACCUCGACCGUGCAGCGCUGCAGCUCAGAGAAGUACACGCCCCAGUGAGAGCAGCCUGACGUCGAACAAUGCCACGCAGCCAGCCCGAGGGGGGGGAGGGCUCUUACUCGUGAGGCUGCACGAAGAACCUGAAUCAGCACAAGGCUGCAAGGGAGAGCUUUAGCAAGUAUGACUUUCGGAGUCAAAUUAGUUGUUUUCUUGCAGGCUUUUGGUCUUCUUACGAUCCACACGCAGGCACAAAUGAAAGAGGAUGCCCCUGCAGAGGACGUUAAAAUAGAAGUCUUACAUGUACCCGAAGAAUGCAAGUCAAAGAGCAAGAAGGGGGAUCUCCUUAAUGCACAUUAUGAUGGCUACUUGGCCGGUGAUGGAUCCAAGUUUUAUUGCAGUCGCACACAAAAUCAAGGCCACCCGAAAUGGUUUGUUUUGGGUGUUGGACAAGUCAUAAAAGGAUUAGAUAUUGCUAUGAUGGGUAUGUGUCCUGGAGAAAAACGGAAAGUGACAAUUCCACCAUCACUGGCAUAUGGAAACCAAGGCUAUGCACAAGGCAAGAUUCCACCUAAUGCAACGCUGAUCUUUGACAUUGAACUGUAUGCAGUGAAUAAAGGACCACGCAGUGUCGAAGCAUUUACUCAAAUAGACAUGGACAGUGACAAGAAACUCUCACGAGAUGAGAUAAGCCAUUAUUUGAAGGAGGAAUUUAAAAGAGAUGGUAAAAAACGUGAUGCAUCAGUUCACGAUUCUAUUUUAACUGAUAUAUUUAAGAAGAAUGACCAUGAUGGAGAUGGCUUUAUAUCUGCAAAGGAAUACAAUGUCUAUCAGCACGAUGAACUAUAGCAAAUUAUUGCUAAAAUCUCCUACCUGCUUUCUGUACCCUGGAUUUAAAGAAUCUCUGAAAUGCAUUUUCAUUUUGUCACAUGAUGUUUUACAAUUUUUUUUUGUAAUGGUAAAUUUUUAUACUUUUUAAGAUGUGUUACAAAUAUUACCAGUUACAUGUCAGUAAUACAAUGCGAUACAUUUUACAAAAGAAAUAAAAUUAUAAAAAGGAAUAGUCUGUCUUGAACGAUCA